AUGCCUCCUAAAGGAACCAAACGGAAAGCACCGUUGGUUGCUUCGAACCCUAACGUGAUCGCGAAUUUACCGGAGAGCAGUGCUAAGAAGGCAAAAAGAACGGCGACGGGAACAGCAACUAAGAAGAGUGAAGAAAAGAGGACUUUCAAGUACUCGAACAAGGAUAGUCUGGAAAAGGAAUUUCCUAAGAUAGUCGCUUGCAAAUGGCCAAUCGCGGAGGCCGAAGAAUAUGAAGGGGAAUCUGAAGAUGAGGGAUCCGAUGAGGGAUCCGAUGAGGAGGAAUCUGCAGAGCCAGAAGAAGGCACGGAGAAAGAGAAGCUCCCAGGUCUGGAAGAUGAGGAGAAGAUUACGACUCAGGCGCAAAUCGAUGUCUAUGGUGAGAAUAACAGGAAUGCAUAUCUCCCUAGCGUCUUCAAAGCCGGGCAUUGUGUCACCCGGAGUGGUGUUGACAGAUUUUUAAACAUUGUCAAGGAGUGCAAUGCCAGAGACCAGGACCUUUUUGACAUGCAUAUUUAUACUGAUUGGAGCGGCUGGGGUGCUACGGAGGUUUUGGAGAAUGCGCUUGCGGAUUUCAACAAGGAUCUGUUCAAGAAGAAUAUAUCCCCUCUUCAAAAGUGGUCACACCUCGAAGGAAUUGUGACAUGGCUUAAACUAGGAGACUUAUUCGCUCUAAUUUCGAAUGAGAAUGGCCCCGGUGUCGGUGAAGUAUUCGACAUGUUCAUCCCGAUGUACAUUACCUGUCUCGAGGUCCUUUCCGAACACGAUCUCGUAAAAAAGGAAAAUACCCCAGCGUUCAACAUCAAUACUAUGACCCUACUUCUUCUUGAAUUUUACAAAGACCCCGCGGCGGAUUUUGACACUGAGAAUGUGGAAGAUAUUGUCCUAGCUGCUGACUUGGCCGGCGUAAAACUCGUACCCCGGGUUGAUAUCAACAUCAGUCAAGAAGACAUCGAAAAUUGGAGGAAGAAAGGCCAGGUGAAUGAAGAUGGAUUCGAUGAAAAGGAAUGGCGAUCGAAAUGGGACUGGAAGAAGCUGUUCAAGGAGUUCAAACCAAAUCACCCGGGUGGCAGACGGUAUGAUAUUACCAAGAUGAGUGGCCGUGAGCGAAGGCAGUAUGUAUUGUGA